UUGACGCAGGCGCCUCGGGUGAAAACAUCCUGUCAAUUCUUGACCGUUAACGACUUCGAAGCAACCCGAAGAGUGGAGCAGUUUAUGUGCCUAUCCGUCGACGUGUUUGUGUUUUGGUAGACAUUGAAAACACACUCAUUUGCAACAACUUUAUAGUCGUGCAGCCAUGGUCGAAGGAGACAACAAGAGCACAAACAUGCUGGCACAGGAAACGGCACAACUGGAGGAGCAACUUCAGGCCUGGGGCGAGGUGAUACUAGCGGGCGAUCGCGUCCUGCGCUGGGAGAAGCCAUGGUUUCCUGGAGCGCUAAUGGGCGCUACCGCCGUUCUCUUCCUACUUAUCUACUAUUUGGACCCGUCAGUGCUGACGGGUGUAUCGAGCGCAGUCAUGCUGCUGUGUCUGGCCGACUACUUGGUGCCCACGUUGGCGCCCCGAGUCUUUGGCUCCAACAAGUGGACCACGGAGCAGCAGCAGCGUUUCCACGAGAUCUGCGGCAACAUGGUGAAGACACAGCGCCGCCUACUGGGCUGGUGGCGUCGUCUAUGCACACUCAAGGAGGAGAAGCCUAAGAUGUACUUUGCGUCAGUGAUCAGCAGCCUGUUGGUGGUGGCCUGGAUUGGACAGCAAGUGCACAACCUCUUGCUCACCUACCUGAUUGUGAGUUUGAUGCUGCUGCUUCCGGGCCUCAAUCAGCAUGGCGUCCUGUCCAAGUACGCCGCUAUGGCCAAGAGGGAACUCAACAAGCUGAUCAAGAACAAGGAGAAGAAGAACGAGUAGAUUCGCAACACAUGCGCGUGUAAACGGGCGACUACAUUGACUACUGAUUUGCUGUGUUGUCUCAUUUGUGUAACCAUGAAGCUCCUCGUCUUCUCUUCCAAGUUAGCCUUCAUUUUCUUUCAAUUCAUCUGGUAGCGAGCAGGAAAUGUGACUAUAACAAUAAAUAGCCUGCUGCCCAUCCGUGAAAUAAUGUAAAUACCCCCCCAGCCCUUCCCAUGCAUUUAUUUAUGUGUCCUGUCAUUUGAGUCUUUCCAAUGUGAAUUAAAAAAAAAUGACUUUAAACAUCA